AUGAAUUAUUACGAACCUGAACUUGGUGCCAAUGUGCUUCCAACAUUUUCCAGCAGUCCAAAACGAAGAAAGCAGUGUGUAACUAAAUCAAGUCUUAGCGCUCAGUCGUCGAGACACCCGCCUGUGUAUCAGUGCUUUUUACAACUGGGAAACGUUAAACAUCGCAUGCUGAGACUUCAAACGCAAAAAAGAGAAAACUUCCCUGCAUCAUUAUUUAGACAACCUGACGUAGAAGUUCCGAGUAAUUUCCCUCACUUCAUUCCCUCACGUGGUUGGAACAACAAAAAAAGUGUAGUAAAAAGCCGAGUUAAUAAAUGA